GAGAGGAGAGGUGGAAUAAAAAGCUCGGGAUGGAUUUUGGAGUCUUUGUGCGAGCCGUAUGCGGUGAGAGUCGCACGUACGGUAAGGAGGGGGGUUCGCGUCUAUACGUGUAGUGUGGUGGUUGGGCCUACCCACCCUAUUUGUUCCAUGAUCUAUGGGUCUACUGGAGCUACCCACUUCGAUCAAUUAGCCAAGAUUUUGACCGGAUACGAAAUCACUGGUGCUCGAUCUAGUGGUAUUUUUAUGGGGAUUCUUUUUAUCGCUGUAGGAUUCCUAUUCAAGAUUACUGCAGUUCCUUUUCAUAUGUGGGCACCUGAUAUCUAUGAGGCUUCACCCACCCUGGUGAUUGCAUUCCUUUCUAUUGUGCCUAAAAUCUCCAUUUCUGCAAAUAUGUCACGUGUUUCUAUUGUUGCUUCCUAUGGGGGUACAUUACAACAAAUCUUCUUUUUCUGCAGCAUUGCUUCUAUGAUCUUAGGAGCACUGGCCGCCAUGGCCCAAACGAAAGUCAAAAGACCUCUAGCUCAUAGUUCGAUUGGACAUGUAGGUUAUAUUCGUACUGGUUUCUCAUGUGGAACCAUAGAAGGAAUUCAAUCACUACUAAUUGGUAUAUUUAUUUAUGCAUCAAUGACGAUAGAUGCAUUCGCCAUAGUUCCAGCAUUACGGCAAACCCGUGUCAAAUAUAUAGCGGAUUUGGGCGCUCUAGCCAAAACGAAUCCUAUUUCGGCUAUGACCUUCUCCAUUACAAUGUUCUCAUACGCAGGAAUACCCCCGUUAGCCGGCUUUUGUAGCAAAUUCUAUUUGUUCUUCACCGCUUUGGGUUGUGGGGCUUACUUCCUAGCCCCAGUGGGAGUAGUGACUAGCGUUAUAGGUCGUUGGGCGGCCGGAAGGUUGCCAUGAGUAAGGUUGGGAGACCGAAGGCAGUUUUCCGUGCACCGGACACGUAGCUUACCGAAUCAGUUGCAACACAGAUGGGAAUGCAUGCUACGAAAGACAGGGUCGAGUCUGAUACAUCAACCGUCGACUCCAUAUCCUUGUACGAGUCCACAAUCACUACACGAGAUGAACCUGGGUUUGGUGAAUGGAAGUUGGCCUUAGGUGUAAUAGGACUCCCAGUUACUGCGCGCGAUCGUAUACUGAGGUGCUCCCCGUCGGUUGUUGGAACGACGCGAGCCGGGCCGGGCCUCGAUUCCUUUCAAAAAGAUGAAGGGACAGAGGUGACUAAUUCCCCAUCUCAUUUGGGGCGGAAAACGAAUCGACAUCUCGAUGUGAUACAGCCCUUUCCAUUUUCGUUGGGAAAGAACGGCGAAGUCCAUCCGAACCCUCCAAUGAAGAAAUAAGAGGAGAGCAAAGCGCCAAUGGCGCGCGAAGCGCAUGCGGAAGGGGCACGGAGAAAUAAAGAAGUGUGGGGGAGAAGCAGCCGAGCUCAUUCCCUUCGCUUCCUGGGCCCAAAGCAGUGCUUUGUUUCCUGGCCAAAUCAAGGAUUUGGGGCUGAUUGCAAAAGAUAUCUGAAUAGAAAGAUAGAUCCAUCCAUCUAUCCAGAUAUCUAAAAAAGAAUCGAUUUCGAUUUCAUGAAACCUUUGAUUCAAAGAACUGCGCUUAGCCCCCCCGCUCAUGAAACGGCUCUGCUGCAAUGGAU